GAACUCUUCUAUGUUCAUUCAUACUUCACUUCUUUCAAAAUUCAUCUCUACCUGAAACCAAUCAAAAUCAAAAUUUUCCGUAUCUUUGAUUCAACCUAUCCUAGUUUUUUCGCACAUUCAAUUUUCAAUAUAAAAAAAUGUUUGUUCUAAACUUCAAUUCUGUUACCCCUUUCUUUCCAAGUUGCCAUCUAAAUCGACCUACCCAUCAUCAAUUUCCUUCGGUAAAGUCUCUUUUGAAGCUGAAAAAUCAAUCUUUCCUAUCAAAUUCUCAGUUCAAGCUUUCCAGAACAUACAAACCUCGCUCCAGGUUUGUAGUUUUUGCGGCACAGUCCAAUAUUACUAAAGUUCUGCAGAAUGCAUGGAGAGUUGGUAAGGAUGGAAUUGACGCAGGCACAAAUCUUGUCCCGAGUUCUGUACCAAGACCAAUAGCGAGGAUUGCAGUAACUUUUGUGGGUUUGAGUGCUUUGCUUUUUGUGUUCAAGUCAAUCCUCUCUACAGUUUUCUUCAUAUUGGCUACCAUAGGACUUGCAUACUUUGCAUAUCUAGCAUUCAAUAAAGAUCAAGGACCACCGAGCGGGAAUGGAGGAACUACGACCAAACCUAUGAAUGAUCCUGUGGAAGAAGCUCAAAAAAUAAUGGACAAAUACAAGUAGCAUCAUCAGAGUAAAUUAUUUUCAAGUUUGAACCAUUCAAUUUUUACAUUAUACAUAUAUUAAAUGUAAAGCUCUCAUAUUGUUAGAGGUAAUGAGAAAGGAAAGACUUUGAUAGAAUUGAGUUGCCACUAUAUAUGCGUUUUUUUUUUU